GUUCCCGGGACACGUUGGGUGUUGUAAUGAAAAAACGUCUGAUUGCCAGCAGGUGACAUAUCAUCAUCACAGCGCACAGACACUUCUUCCUGCUGCACAGCGACAUUACACAAUCACAGUUAUAAAAUAUGAGAAUUAUUGAUAAGGGGAGGAGUCAUAGAAGAGGAAAACGCAGAGUGACUUCCAGAUCUGUCACUCCGCACACAGCCCCGGAGAGCUGAGACACAGGAGCUGACAAUCUACACCCAGCUGUGCUGCGUACAGUGCCAGAAAUUGAUUCUGAUUUAGUCUUCAGGAAAACAUGUCUGCAGGAUAUCCUGGACCUAUCCAGUCUCAACCACAAUGGCAGAAUGGCUCCACCUUCUCCAAAUCUACCGCUAUGGUGCCACCAGGACUGGAGUGUCUGGCAGAGGUGGAAGAAGUGACGUUAAAGGAUAAAGUUUUUCAGACCAAGAACGGGCAGGAUCUGUUCACUGUACGGCGGGAGUCGGAGUGCUGUGGACCUUCACUGAACCUUCGCCUUCGUAAUCCAUACAAGAGGGACGUGGUUUCCCUGUACCUGAUCUCCGAUGGAGGCUGCUGCGGAGGGCAAACCUAUCUGAAAGUCAGUGCUCAGCCUGCUCACCACAUCGGGAUUGUCAGGAUCCUCACCUCCUCCAGCAAUAUAAAUGUUUCCAUUGAGAGGGGGAACGGAGAGCCGGUGUUCAGCGCCAAGCUGCCCGUAUCUGUGGGCUCCAACAAAGACAGUACUAUUGAGAUACUCGGCAUGGACGGCUCCCAGCCUGUGGCUGUCAUCACCAAAGAGAAGGAAGGGAAGUCUUCUCAGGUCAUCUUCCACUUCCUGCUGAACAUGGAGGCCGCUCUGAAGGCCGUGAUCCUGGCAACUUUCCUCUAUGUGAGUUUCCGCAUACGGGAAAUGUCUCACAGCCACAGCUAUGGUGACAGCGACUUCGGUUGGGCCGAUGCUGGUGGGAUAGACUUUGCUGAUAUGUCUCAUGGGGACUUUGGGGGCAGUGACUGGGGGGGUGGAGGUAAGAAUGACCUUUGA